UUUCAGACAAAAUUUUUUUAAGCUGUCAAAAUCUGAACUGACAUCGCGUGUCAACGAAAUCACUCUCUUUUUCGAUUGUUCUUUCCACAUUGAACGAUCAGCCGCGUGUUGUAUUCCGAACUAAACAAUAAACAUGGCUCUCCGACCAGCCUACAAGCCGAAGAUCGUUAAGAAGCGGACGAAGAAGUUCAUCCGUCACCAGUCGGACCGAUAUGACAAACUUGCUCCAAACUGGCGCAAACCGAAAGGUAUUGAUAACCGAGUGCGUCGUCGCUUCAAGGGACAGUACCUUAUGCCAAACAUCGGUUAUGGCUCGAACAAACGUACCCGCCAUAUGCUGCCGAACGGAUUCAAGAAGUUCCUCGUACACAACGUCCGGGAGCUGGAAGUACUGAUGAUGCAGAACCGCGUCUACUGUGCCGAAAUCGCGCACGCAGUAUCCUCCAAGAAACGAAAGCUUAUCGUCGAGCGUGCGAAACAGUUGGCCAUCGCCGUGACGAACCCGAACGGCAGACUGCGCUCGCAGGAGAACGAAUAAAGCGUUGGGAGGAAGUUUGUUUUGUCGGCACACAUAUGGUUUUGUAUGUAAAAUAACAUCUUUGAAUAAACUAUGCAGUAAA